ACGGAAUCUCUCCGGCCGCAUUCCUCCGCUCUCACAUCCAAACCCCGCACUUUUUUUUUUUUGUUUUUAUUUUUUUUGGGGGGGUGGGGGGCAUUUCUUUUUUUGUGGAUUUUAAUGCCUAAAUUAAUAAUUCAGCUGGCACUACUUUCGGGUAGUUUGCGGGUCUUUUCCUUCGGCGACAAGCGGCCGCGGUGCGGACUUCAGCAGAUCCGCAAGCUGUGUCUAGGUGCUCUCUCCCAGCCCCUCUCUGGAUGCAUCAGACCCCUCCUCCCCGGGGCCCUGGACCCGGCUUGUGACGCCACAGACCUCACAUCCUUCCUCCUCCAUCUCAGCUCGCUCUGCUCCGCGCUCGUCUCCACCUGUCCGCCCUGGACCUCCUGCUCUGGGCCCCCUGCCCCUCGACCAGCGGGCAGAGGCGGGGGGCCAUGGCACUGCGGUAGCCAGGCCCCUCGCCAUGAGCAGUGCGACCAAUUCAGAGAGCAGCAGGAUUCAGGGUUCAGACUUAACCCUGCUUCACUACAAGCCCUUCAGCUCGCAUGAACACUACCAGCAGGUGAUGAGAGCUCAUCGUAAACUCCAGGAGAGUGGCUUUUACUGGGGGGCCAUCGGGGGUCGGGAGGCCAACUACCUGCUGCGCUCCGAAAACCCCGGCACUUUCCUUGUCCGCGACUCAUCAGACCACCGCCACUUCUUCACCCUGUCGGUGCGGACGACUCGGGGAACCAAGAACCUGCGAAUCCACAGCGAGGUUGGGGGUUUCUACCUGGAGCCGGACCCCCAAAACACUGAGGAGCUACCGCAGUUUGACUGCGUGCUGAAACUCAUCACACACUACAUGGGGAAGUCUGACACGGGACGGAGCAGGGACGGGGCGAGCGGAGGACGCACAGUGGAGAAGGAACGCAAGGUGUACCUGAUUCACAGCGGCGAGGAGAAAAUCCCGCUGGAGCUGCAGAAGCCCCUCAUGAGCUCCCUGUCUUCCCUGCAGCACAUGUGCCGGAGGACGCUGAACGAAGCGGGCCUGGGAGAGCUGGAGCGGACUGAGCAGCUCCCUCAGACGCUUAAAGACUUCAUGCAGAAAUAUGACGCUCCUAUCUGACUGACGGGGAACAGCACAGACCGGGUCUUAGAGAUGAUCAGACUGGGCCUCACAUUCUCAAACGUGACGGUUGUGACCAGAGUCAGCGUUCUCAGCGCUUUUUUCACUUUUAUGAAAUCGCUGUUGAACUCCCAAAGGCUGAAGUCUGAAUUGGGUAAUCAACGGUUACUCCGUCUAUUCUGCCUGGGAAGAACCUGACCACCAAUAUGUGUGUGUGCGGGUGGGUAGAGGGCAGAUAAAACCAGAGGUCAAGGGUCAACGUUUCCUAUGACUGACUCAGACGCAGAGCCGAGCCUCGUAGAAGAUUGUAAACAAUGGCGGGGACACGCCGCAGCUGAUUUUGGUGGGUUUAAAUCCUCUUAAAGAAACGGCGUCUUCAUUUUCCAACUCUUUGGAUCCCAAGACAGGGAGGGAGUGAAUGAAGGGGGAGCUGCAGAGAAAAGGCAAAGUCCAAAUGAAGAGAGAGAGAGAGAGAGAGGAAGAGAGAGUACAGUAUUUGUUUGUCUGAGUGUGUGCGUUGUGGCUGUGCACAUAUUUCCAUUCCCAUUUCCCGCAAAUGUUGCCACAUAGAGGGGAGUGGGCUGGCCAUGCACGCUAGCUCCACACACACUCAUGCAGGUACAGGCCCACAUGAAGGUUUUAUAUGCGUGGGGCUAAAAAAAAAUAAUUACGAAGCGAAUCUUCUCCUGUUUGUCUCCUUUUCUUCCUCCAUUACCCUUCCCUCCAUUUUUUUAAUUAUUUUUUUGAUGCCUUUGUGCUCUGAAAGCAACAGAAAACAGACUACAGUCGACAACACAAAAGCUCGUUCUUAACAAAAAGUUUUUUGUUUUUUUUAUGACGAGGUACCAAACAAAACAGGAAUAAAUAGAUUUUUUUAUCCAGGAUGCAAAGAUGUAAAGAUCUCUGCAGAUUGGCAGUGACCAUCCUGGAGAUGUGGAAGGAAGAGGGGUGGGAUGAUGGAAGGGGAGAGGAGCGGGAAAUGGGAUUAGUAAAAGGGGAAACUGAAAGAGGAGGAGACAUACUGGUAUACAGCUUGAUAAAAACACUGAUUAGAUUGAUGAUGCCGUCCGACAGGAUGUAGGUUGUGUAAAUCUAACAGCUUUGGCUUUGUCUGAAAUCAGCUCUUUUAGAGCGUUUUAGCUAAAAAUGCAACAAUCUAACUUUUACUUUCCAUCACUGUUGUUUUGGAGGUCUGACCUACCAAAUUUGAUAUUAAUAUAAUUAUUUUAAGACUAUAUAUUUUAAAAAAUGGGACAUUUUUGUAAAUCCACACCUGAAGUUUCAUGAUAGAGGAAGUAGCUGCAAUCCCCCGAACAUUAUGAAAUAAAAUUUCUAUUAACAUGCGGUUUGUUGAUACAUUUACGCACCAGAAAGAAUUUAGUUAAACUUUUUUAAGUUGCCGACAGAAAAAGGAGGCGCAACAAUUAACAAACACUGCUUUUUCUCCCAAAAUUAUAACUGCUUUGAAAAGAUGACGCAGUAGUAUAUAGACUAGUAAUAAUGAUUAUUUUAAAAUACAUACAAUUAUUUUAUUAUUAUAGAUUUAUAUAGAUAGAUGGUUAAUGAUUCUUGCUUAUCUGUACAACUUUUUUUAAAAACUAGCUUUUAAAAGCUACAGGUCCAGUUUAUAAGCCAGAUUCAAUUAAUUUGGCAGCUUUGGCUAAGAAUACCAAGGUAUAUUUGUCUAAUAUACUAGAGAUGUGUCUAAAAGUUUUCUGGACGUCAGAAUCAACCUAUUUUCUCUUGAAAAGCUUUGUUUUCAUUUGGAUUAAAAAAAAAUGCUUCCUCUAUCACAGCAACUUCAGCUUCAUUUUUUUCCCCUUAAGUCUUAACGUCUCAAAUAAAAAAGCAAGAAUCUAACAAAAUUGGAAAGGAGACGCACUGACCAGGCUGGCUUAUUCUGAUUUUCUUACUGUUCUAUAAGGGCUGUAACACACAGAAAACUUUUAUAUCAAUAUUUAUUUGUAUUUCUAUGUAGAAUGCUACAGGUUGGUUUAUAGAGCUCAUAGUUUUGGAUCUAAGGGGAAAUAAAGGGAUGCGUCAUUAAGCAUAAUAAAGCUAAAGGGAGGGGGAAAAGCUCUUGAUGCACAGGAGGGGAUACCUGUAAUAUCUUUAAUUGUUCCACUUCUAUCAAACAACCUGCUGCAUAUUUGUUUUUGUUUAUCUUCUUUUAGUCCUUUAAAAAUCUGAAUCAGCAUCUCAGAACAGAAAUCGGAUAUUCGUAUGAAGCCUGGGCGGUGCAUCCCUUCUAAAAUAAAAUGAUUACUCGGCUAAAUCUAACCUUAAGAGCAGUUUAAAUGGAGUCGAUCUCAAAACUGCAUAAUUAGUAGAUCUUUUUUCUUUAAGUUCAUUCCUAAUGAUUCAAUUUAUAAAAAUUAAGAUUUUAAACAAUAUUAGUGAAUGGAAAAGUACAUGCCUAUAUGUUUGUUUCCUUUUAAGCCUUAUGUUGGAUUGUCUGCCUAAUUUCUCUCUCUCUUCUCUUUCUGCGCCAAUUUGAAGGAGUUAAGAGGAAACUUGUUAUUUGGACCUUUUAUAAGAUUUUUUUUGCCUCUGGAGAACAUCAAGGGAAAAAAAUACCCUUAGAUUCUUGGAAAAAAUGCCUUUUGUAAAACUAAUAAUAAGACUCAGAUUUGACCGAUAUUUGUACCUUUUUUUUCUGUUUUCCUAAUGCUCAUGCUCACCUGUGAUCCAUAUUGAAGUAGUAGCCUUUUUUUUUCUUUACACCAUGAAACAGUGAGUUUAUGUAGCCACAGCGAUGCACAUGUCUUUUUUUUUUUUUUUUUUCUAUUGGUCAGAUCUGGGUUUUACAGUUUUGCAUCAAACACAAAGUUCUUACAUAUGUGCUGCAGCAGGAGUCGGCGUGUAUGUGAAUCAUUUGUCUUUUAUAAAGACUCUCUUGCAAAAGGCUGGCCACUAGUCUGGCAAAAUACGAGCUGUAAUAUCUGCAAUGUCAAGAGCAUUACAUAAUAAAUGAAAAAGGAACGUUGCACAUAUUUAUAUUUCUAAAAUAUUUCAAUAAUUUAUAUUAAAGAGCACUAUUUUUACAAAAGCCAUUUCAAUGUGCCCUGUGUGUUACUUUCUCACUGCUUGCCUCCUGCGCUGCUUCUCCUUUUCUCCCCCCUGAGUCAAUAUUGACUGGAUACGCUUUAACUUACUGUAAUAUAUUGUAAAGUAGUCUGUAUUCCAGCAAUUCCCGGCUUCACAACAAGAUUAUUUACUGUCAGAUGGGAUUUCCUAGCUGGAGGAAGACGUGUUUAUAUAGCCAGAGAGGGCUGUGAGAGCCGGAGAAGGGCGGCUGCACGUUUGAG